AUGACAGAGCAUGAUGGUGGGAGAUACUCCUGUUAUUAUAACAGCCCCACUGGCUGGUCAGAGCCCAGUGACCCCCUGGAGCUGCAGGCAACAGGAUCCUACAGCAAACCCAGGCUCUCAGCCCUGCCCAGCCCUGUCGUGCCCUCAGGAGAGAAUGUGACCCUCCACUGUGGCUCAGGGCAAGGGUUUGACAGGUUCGUUCUGACUAAGGAAGGAGAUCACAGGCUCUCCUGGACCAAGAACUCAGAUUCACACUCCAAAGGCCUGUCCCAGGCCCUGUUUUCUGUGGGCCCCGUGACCCCCAGCCACAGGUGGUGCUCCCACGGGGGCCGGUACAGAUGCUACGGUGGAUACAGCCUCUCCUCUGCGUGGUCGACUCCCAGUGACCCCCUGGACAUCCUGGUGGCAGGUGAGUCUGGGAAGCCCAACCUCCUGAGCCAGCAGGGCCCCAUUGUGGCCUCUGGACAGAACCUGACCCUCCAGUGUCGCUCUGAUGUCGGCUAUGACAGAUUCGCUCUGCACAAGGAGGGGAGACGGGACCUCCCCCAGAGCCUUAUCCUGCAGCCCCAGGCUGGGCUCUCUCAGGCCCACUUCCCCCUGGACACUGUGAGCAGCUCCCACGGGGGCCGGUACAGAUGCUACGGUGGAUACAACCUCUCCUCUGAGUGGUCAGCCCCCAGUGACCCCCUGGAAAUCCUGGUGGCAGGACACCUGUCUGACAGACCCUCCAUCUCGGUGCAGCCAGGCCCCAGGGUGGCCUCAGGAGAGAAUGUGACCCUGCUGUGUCAGUCCCAAAGCUGGAGGGACACGUUCCUUCUGUCGAAAGAUGGGGCAGCUGGUCUCCCCCUGCAUCUGAGAUCAGAACACCAAGGUUGGCAGUACCAGGCAGAGUUCUCCAUGAGUCCUGUGACCUCAGCCCACGGGGGCACCUACAGGUGCUACAGAGCACACAGCAUCUCCCCCUUCCUGCUGUCACACCCCAGUGAGCCCCUGCAGCUCCUGGUCUCAGGACCCUCUGGAGGCCCCAGCCCCCCAUCAACAAGGCCCAUGUCCACAGGUGCCUCCCACCCCCAAGACUACACCGUGGGGAAUCUCAUCCGGAUGGGCGUGGCUGGCUUGGUCCUGGUGGCACUCGGGGUGCUGCUCUUUCAGGCUUGAAACAGCCAGAGAUGGACCCAGGAUGCAGCCAGGAGGUGA